CGCGAUGCGACAUGAAGAGUAAAUUAUAAUAAUAAAAAAAAGAGGAUUUAAAACCCUGACUGCUCCGGGGAAAAUGUCGUUGCGGCAGCCCAGGCUGUGUCGGGUUGUAGCGACAGGCUCGAGACAAGCGAGGCACAGCGCCACCGACAGGCCAGACAGAGAAUAUCGGGUAGACUGUGUAACAACAUCAUCAUCAUCAUCGUCAUAUUGACAACAGCAUGGGUUCCAACAGUUGAGAAAGAUGGGAGGUGCUGUGAGUGCUGGUGAAGACAAUGAUGAUUUAAUCGACAAUCUAAAAGAAGCACACUACAUCCGAACAGAGGUGGUAGAGCAAGCUUUCCGAGCCAUAGAUCGUGCUGAUUAUUACUUGGAAAUUUACAAAGAUAAUGCCUAUAAAGACUUGGCUUGGAAAAAUGGUAAUAUCCAUUUGUCUGCACCCUGCAUUUACUCUGAGGUAAUGGAAGCACUGGACCUACAACCGGGAUUGUCCUUUUUGAACCUUGGAAGUGGUACUGGCUAUUUGAGUACAAUGGUUGGCUUAAUUUUAGGCCCCUUUGGAAUAAAUCAUGGAAUAGAGCUACAUGUUGAUGUUGUGGAAUAUGCCAACCAAAAACUUGAGAACUUCAUCAAGACAAGUGACAGCUUUGAUAAGUUUGAAUUCUGUGAGCCAUCCUUUGUGGUGGGUAAUUGCCUGGAGAUUGCUACAGAUAGUCAUCAGUACGACCGAGUCUACUGUGGGGCAGGAGUUCAGAAGGAUCACGAAGAGUACAUGAGAAAUUUAAUUAAAGUUGGUGGAAUCCUUGUCAUGCCAUUGGAAGAGAAGCUAACUAAAAUAACGCGUACAGGGUUGAAUACUUGGGAAACUGAAAAAAUCUUGGCUGUCUCCUUUGCUCCUUUAAUCCAACCUUGCAACACAGAUGCUGGGAAAGUACGAACAGUCCAAUUACCUUCAGUUAGCAUUGGAACUCUCCAAGACUUAACUCGGAUCUGCAUUCGUCGGACUCUUAAAAAUGCAAUAAAUCAGGACAAGUCAAAUGGCGGAGUUCCUCCAAAGGCCCUUUCCAGAUUUAAAAGAAGGCGGGUCCGCAGACGACGCAUGGAUGCAAUCGUUCUUGUUGAUAAGCAGGUUUUUGCAAGUCGAAUUUCAAAUCCUUUUGACAACAACAAUAAUAAUGGGGAGGACAUGGAAGAUGUUAGGAGAGAUGAUGAUGAAAAGGAGUACAACGACUUUAAACCUGAGCCUCCAUUAAAUCUGCUUCGAGAAAAAAUCCUCAGUUUGCCUUUACCUGAACCAUUAAAAUUAUACCUACUGUACUACAGAGAUAAAUAAGUCUUGGAAAUGACUGCUAGUAAUAACUGUAAUAUAUUGCACAUAAGCUAAAGUUUGAAAAAUAUAGGGGGACAUAUAUUGCAAUGAAAAAAUAAGUGAGCACUUUUACAGACUUGGUUGAUUAGCAAUUUCCUAUUAAUAGUUUACUACUAAAUUGACUAGUUUCAUUUUUAAAAAUUCCUAGCAUUAUUCGUGUAGAGUAUUUGCAAAACUUUAUGCUUGGCCCUGCUGUACAUUACUGCAUCAUUUAUGGCAAGCAUUUCUUUAAAACAACAUGCAAGAUGAUUAGAAAAAUGUAAAAUGACUAUCCCUGUAAAACUGUUUCCAGUGACUUGUAUCUUGUCCAUAUAACGAAAUAUUGUAAUUUGUAAUAACUUAGUAGUUGAAUAUUUAAUACUGUUUAGUUUAAAGAUGGUAGAUUUUAAGUACAGUUCUGUGCUUUAUAUGCCAAAAUUGUUUUUUAAAUGCAGUUGUUAAGAUGCAACUUUAGAAAUUCUUUUCAGAUUAGCUUCUUAAUUUAAAAAAUGUUUUAAAAAAAUAAAAUUAGUUACUGCUCUAAUAUUUUCAUAUUUUUGCAGAUUGCUUGGUAGAUGAACUGAUGUACGCAAGUACUUGUUUAGACAUUUCUCUGCAAUAAAUAAAACAAUAAAAGUUGAUACAUAGGCAA